UGCUUGAGUACACUCCGAAAUGGCCAUGUUUCCCUUGCACUACUUCUUGUUUCUGAUGUUGCUUGUGCGGCUAGAAGGCCAAGAUGAAUGUAAGAUUUCCAGGUGCAAGAAGCAUGGCCCGGCCAUCCGUUUCCCCUUCCGGCUUAAACACCACAACAAGCCGGGACACUGUGGCUAUCCCGGGUUUGAGCUGAUGUGCAACGAGAGAAAUCAAACCGUGCUCCGGUUACCAAAUUCGGUAAACCUGCUAGUCAAGAAGAUUGAUUACAAGUCUCAAACGAUUCACCUGUAUGACGGGGAAGGCUGCCUUCCAAGACAGCUUAUAAACCUCAAUUUAUCUGCCUCCACAUUUGACUUGGAUAUAGGGGAUCUUUAUGUGUUUGCUCUGUACAAUUGUUCAGCUCCACAUAGACGUUUCUUUGACCUGCUCUUCAUCCCUUGCCUUAGUACUGUUCCCGGAUACCAAAUUUAUGCUGUGGGUACCGUCUCAGCUAGUUACCUGGCUUCUUGCACAAAGAUUGGUAACAUAACACUUUCUAUUGAUGUAUUUUACACCAGUCAUGAUCUUCUUAACCUUCUGUUGCACUGGUCGAAACCAAAUUGCUUGACAUGCGAAGUAGAAGGCAAAACGUGUGGGUUAAAGAAUGAUACCACUGGACGUGAAGUUGAAUGUUUCGACAUACCUAAAAUAACAAAAGGUUUACCAAAAAAACUAGUUGUAACGUUAACAGCUAUUGUGAUCCCAGUUCUCUUAAUUUUGGUAGUUGUUGUGCUCUAUCACGUCUAUAGCUCAAACAGAAUGUUGAAAGAGGAUCAAGUGAAGAUUGAAAACUUUUUGGAGGACUACAGAGCACUGAAGCCCUCAAGAUACUCUUAUGCUGAUAUACAAAAGAUCACACAUCACUUCAAGUACAAACUGGGGGAAGGGGGUUAUGGGACCGUGUUCAAAGGAAAGCUUUCGAAUGAGAUUUUUGUAGCUGUUAAGGUCCUCAACCAUUCAAAAGAAGAUGGAGAAGAGUUCAUCAAUGAAGUCGGAACAAUUGGCAGAAUCCACCACGUGAAUGUGGUUCGCUUGGUCGGCUUCUGUGCUGAUGGACCUAGACGAGCUCUUGUUUAUGAGUUUUUGGCAAAUGAUUCUUUAGAAAAGUUCAUCUUUUCAGAAGAUCACGAGAACCAUUUCCUCGGUUGGGAGAAGCUGCAAGAUAUUGCUGUGGGCAUAGCCAAAGGAAUUGAAUAUCUUCAUCAAGGGUGUGAUCAAAGAAUCCUUCAUUUUGAUAUUAAACCUCAUAAUAUAUUGUUGGACCACAAUUUCAAUCCAAAGGUCUCUGACUUUGGCCUAGCAAAGUUGUGUUCCAAGGAACAAAGUGCAGUCUCUAUGACUGCAGCAAGAGGGACUAUGGGUUAUAUUGCCCCUGAAGUCUUUUCUAGGAAUUUUGGGAAUGUGUCAUAUAAAUCAGAUGUCUAUAGCUUUGGAAUGUUGUUGCUUGAAAUGGUCGGUGGGAGGAAAAAUAAUGAUGUUGAAGUAGAGAACACUAGCCAAACAUACUUCCCAGAAUGGAUUUAUAACCGUUUACAUCAAAGAGAAGAGAUCAGUAUGAUCAGCAUUGAGAAAGAGGAGCAUGCUAAGAUAGCAGAGAAACUAGCUAUUGUUGGGCUCUGGUGCAUUCAGUAGUACCCUGUGGAUCGGCCUUCCAUGAAAUUUGUGGUUCAAAUGCUUGAAAAAGAAGGGAACAACCUAACCAUGCCACCAAAUCCUUUUGCUUCUGCAACAGAGACGAACACGAGUUCAAUCAGAGCCUUCAAUAGAGAGUUGGCAGUUAUUUCAGAAUGUAAUUUAGAGCACAAUUGAUAAUGUCUAAUGCUAGUUAGGCAACGUGUUUUUCUCAUCAAUGUACUGUAAUCUUACAACAAUCUAAGGGAUCUUGAAUGAGAUUUUUUAUUGUUUUUCUAGCU